GCGCGAGACAAGCAAAGAAAUUUCCAAAAAACAAAAACAAAUAUUCACAAAAGUGAAAUCUAUUUUUUGAAUACAAGCUGAGUGCAAAACGGAAGAAGGAGCAGGUGCAACAAGGUCAACAACGCUGAAACAUGUUGCAGCUGCACGUUAUAUAAGAGACAGAAAAUAUAUUGACAGAGAGAGAGAGAGACUCUCUAGGCAGAGUGAAAGGAAGAGAGAGGGCGAGAGCAAAGUGACAAAGUGCAUUUGUUUCAGCAAACGAUGUCAUCGAUCUCGGCGCAGGGCGUGGUCGAGAGAGCCUCCGCCGAACUAUCGAAACGCAUCAACGGUUUGGGUUUGCGCUCGAAGCAUCAUCAUGGCAACAAUGGCAGUGGCAGUGACAACAACACCUCCUCCUCCAACAACAGCUCGAGCAGUGCCACCUCCUCCUCCAACUCAUCGUCGGGCAGCGGGAAGACCUCUGUAAUGGAGCGUGUGACAAACGCACUAUGCGGUGGCAGUAGCAGCAGCAGCAGCAACUCCAAUUCCAACUCCAACUCGAAUAAUAACAGCUCAAAUGCCGUCGCGGCGGGCACACAACAAACGCCCGAUAAACCAACGCGGGCUAAUCAGAAUGCCAGCCAGAGUGUUGCCGGUGCACCCACGCUCAUCUCUCUGUCCAAUGCGCAACAAUUGGCACCCGCAUCGCAACUCCUAAUGCAACAGCAACAGCAGCAACAACAACAGCAGCAGCAACAACAGCAGCAGCAGCAACAACAGCAGCAACAACAACAACUCCAAGCGAUGGCUGGCUCCACGCUUAUCAAUUCCAAUCAUCAUAUGAUGCCAGCGCCGCCCGGCAACAUGCCACUGGGUGCGCCACCGACGCCCACAGUCAAAUCGAUUGCCAAGCAAAUGAAUAUUAUGAUUCCAGCGCCCGGCUCAUCGCCCACAUUCAGCACAAUGGGCAUGGUCGCGGCACAGAAGGCGACGGCAGCGUCGGGCGGUGGUACACCGUUACAGUUGCGCAAACAGUUGCCCAAUCCGCAUCUGCAUCAUCAUCAUCCGUAUGGUGGUGGUGGCGCUGCCCAAUCGCAGACGCAGCUCAAUCAGCUGGCCGCAGCUGCGGCGGCGGCGGCAGCAGCGGCAACGGCAUCGUCUGUCAAUCAAACUGCGCUCAUCCUUCUCAAGCACCCGCCACAUAUGCAAAGUAUCGAUGCCCUGCUACUGGACGAUCGUUUCCUCAAUCGCUUCUUUCAAUACUUUUCGCCGUACGAGCGUCGUGUGCUCGCCCAGGUGUGCAUCAAAUGGCGCGACAUCCUCUAUCGGAGUCCACGCUAUUGGUCCGGCCUGUUGCCGACGCUGCAGUGUCGCGAUCUCCGCCAGAUGCCCGCCUGUGAUCGGGCCAAACUCUACAAUUCGCUCAUUCGACGAGGGUUCCAUGCCCUUGGACUGGUCGGCGCCUCCGAUGAGGAUGCUCUCGACGUUGUCCACUCGUUUCCGCUGGCCUCCAAACAUGUGCAUUCGCUGAGUCUACGCUGCUCCUCGAUCAGUGAUCGCGGCCUGGAAACACUCUUGGACCAUUUGCAGAGCUUGUUUGAACUUGAGUUGGCCGGUUGCAAUGAGGUCACCGAGGCGGGCCUCUGGGCCUGCCUGACGCCGCGGAUCGUGUCCUUGUCACUGGCGGACUGCAUCAACAUUGCGGACGAGGCGGUCGGUGCGGUUGCUCAGCUGUUGCCAUCCUUAUACGAGUUCUCGUUACAGGCAUACCAUGUCACAGAUGCUGCCCUGGGCUACUUUUCACCAAAGCAAAGUCACAGUUUGAGCAUAUUACGCUUACAGUCAUGCUGGGAACUAACCAACCAUGGCAUUGUUAAUAUCGUGCACUCGUUGCCCCAUCUAACGGUGCUCAGCCUGUCCGGCUGCAGCAAACUUACCGAUGAUGGCGUCGAGCUGAUUGCCGAGAAUCUGCAGAAAUUGCGCGCCCUGGACCUGUCCUGGUGUCCCCGCAUUACGGACGCCUCGCUCGAGUAUAUCGCCUGUGAUCUGAACCAGCUGGAGGAAUUGACUUUGGAUAGAUGCGUGCAUAUAACAGAUAUCGGAGUUGGUUAUAUAUCUACGAUGCUAUCGCUGACCGCUCUCUUUUUGCGCUGGUGUUCCCAGGUGCGUGAUUUUGGACUGCAACACUUGUGCUCCAUGCGGAAUCUUCAGGUGCUUUCGCUCGCUGGUUGUCCGCUGCUGACGUCAUCGGGCUUGUCCAGUCUCAUCCAGUUGCGUCAUCUACAGGAGCUGGAGCUGACCAAUUGUCCGGGCGCCUCGCACGAACUCUUUGAUUAUUUGAAGGAGCAUCUGCCACGUUGCUUGAUUAUCGAAUAAUGGAUCGAUUACUUUAUUUGAAUAUGAACAAGAGCCAGCAUAUAACUGAUUUUGUUUAGAUUCAGUUUUGAUUAUAACUAAUCGACUUCUAUUUGUAUGGUAGUUUUUUUUUAGAUUGUUAUUUUUAGUCGGGAAGUUCCUCAUGUGCUAUACAAAAAUUCUCGUAACCACUGUAAAUCCUUAGUUUUUACAAUUUUCUAUGAUUUCUACUGUGAUUUUAACUGGAACUACUAUAUAUGUAUAAUUAUUAAGUUGAGAGAGCUGUUUAAGAGGUAAUACCAAGAAAAUACCCCAAAAUGAUAUUUAUUUACAAAUCAGUACAAUACCGAGAUGACGUCUAAUAUGUAUAUAUAUACAUAUAUAUAUAUAUAUAAUAAUUUA